AUGAGGUGUCAAGGAGACAAAACAAUUCGAGAAAAUUUAAGAAUUCCUUCACAGUAUAUCCCUGGGAAGAAAACAGCAUUCUUCUUAAGUCCUAGUAAACAGGUCAGCUGUCGCUGGAUUGCUCACCCUGUGCUUUUUCAGUUGGAGAAACUGAAUUUCACUAACCUGCCCAUUCACUGCGUUGGUUGCAUCCAUCUACAUUCCUUUCUUUCGGCAGAGGUGAUCCCAGCUUCCCAGUUGGUCUUCUUCACCUGCAUCUGGAUCACACUGAUGUCAAAUGCUUGUGCUGCUGGUGAAAUCAAGAAGCCCCACCAGCGCUGCUUCUCUUCAGUGAAGCCGACCCGCAAACAAGAAACUAGAAUGAGGAAUGAUGACAGUGCCAAAGUGUGGCCCCUGAGGUAUUAGCAACUUCUCCAUAUAGAGGACCAGAAUUCUGCAGUGAGACCCGGAUUUGGAGGAUCUCCAGUGCCUGUGGGUAUAGAUGUCCAAGUUGAAAGCAUUGACAGCAUUUCAGAGAUUAACAUGGACUUUACAAUGACUUUUUAUCUCAGGCAUUACUGGAAAGAUGAAAGACUUGCCUUUCCCAGCAAAACCAACAAAAGCAUGACUUUUGAUCACAGAUGAAUCAAAAAGAUUUGGGUGCCUGAUAUCUUUUUUGUCCGUUCGAAGAGAUCCUUCAUCCAUGAUACAACUGUGGAGAACAUCAUGCUGUGUGUACACCCUGAUGGAAAUGUCCUCUUCAGCGUCAGGAUAACUGUUACAGCAAUGUGCUUUAUGGAUUUCAGCAGGUUUCCACUUGACACUCAAAAUUUUUCCCUUGAACGGGAAAGCUAUGCCUACAAUGAGGAGGAUCUAAGGCUGUACUGGAAACAUGGAAACAAGUCCCUGAAUACUGACGAGCAUAUUUCGCUUUCUCAGUUCUUCAUCGAGGAAUUCGGUGCAUCCGGUGGAUUUGCUUUCUAUAGCAGCACAGAUUGGUACAACAGGCUUUUCAUCAACUUUGUGCUAAGGAGGCAUAUUUUCUUCUUCGUGCUUCAAACCUAUCUCCCGGCUGUAUUGAUGGUAAUGCUUUCCUGGGUUUCAUUUUGGAUUGACCAGAGAGCUGUUCCUGCAAGAGUUUCCUUGGGAAUCACCAUGGUGCUGACCAUGUCCACGAUCCUCUCUGGGGUAUGCGCCUCCAUGCCCCAGGUGUCCUACGUCAAGGCCAUGGACGUGUACCUGUGGGCUAGCUCCCUCUUUGUCUUCCUGUCAGUCCUUGAGUACGCAGCCCUGAACUACCUCACCACAGUGAAGACAGGGAAGAUUUCUGGAAUGUACAGUAUUGAUGCAGCUCAAGCCAUGGCCUUCGAUGGUUGUUACCAUGACAGUACAACUGACACGGACCAGACAUCCUUUUCUCUACACUCAGAAGAGGACUCCAUGCAAGAAAGAUGCACAGGCAACCUCAGCACAGAUUCACCUCUGAUAAGAAGAAAAUCACUAGGAGGGCAGGUUGGUAGAAUCGUUCUGGAGAACAACCAUGUCAUUGACACCUAUUCAAGGAUUUUAUUUCCCAUUGUGUACAUUACAUUUAAUUUGUUUUACUGGAGUAUUUACGUGUGAAGAGGAAAGCCCAGUUGAUAAAAUUUGUUUUGGAGUCAGAUUAUGUUAAAAACAACAAUAAAAACCACCAACUCUUAACUAUAAAUUGGAUGGUACUAGACUACACUGGAGUCAGCCAGUCACUUCUCUUGGCCCAAAGAAGAUUUGAAAGUUAACUAAUUCACAUCUAGGAAAGAGUUUAAGGUCUUAGGAGAAUUUGGCUCCAUCAAUGAGAGUCGACAUUCUGCUAGCCUCCCCCACACCAGAAGCUGCCUUAAGGACACAGCCUUGCGACAGUAAGGGGUUACUGAGACAUCUGGACCGUAUACAGAGAGAGAGAAAGCAAGUCAGAGAGACAGACAGAGACAGAGAGCGCUGCCCGGCUGCAGUCUUUAUUUUUCUACAAGGAGUUGCAAAUUAAAUGGUGAACGUGACUACAUUUCAGAAGCCGUGUGGCUGACAGGGUCCUGGUGCUCUGGCCUGGUAUCAGGCCUGAGCCUCUGAGGUGGGAGAGCCGAGU